UCUGUCUUUGACAUCAUUUCUGCGAAUAAUUCGUUUUACUUUACCGUUCGGAAUAGAACGAAGACAUUCACUCUUUCACAUCGUCAUCUCUUUGCAUGCAUGAGCGAAAAGUAUACAUGACUGAAUGGAAUUGAUAUUCAACAAUAACUCAACAAAUACCUCAUAAACCACCCCAACAAUGCCAUCCAAAAACCAACUCCCGCCCCACGAGGCACCUUCAAUCCCACCGUCCCCGUCGCCCUCACCCAACGACCUCUCGAAAGUCGAAACCAACGCUUCCGCCCUCUACGACACCCUCCCCACCUACCACAAAGCCCUCAUCGUCUUCACCACCUCCUGGUCCACCCUCGCUGCCUGCUUCUCCAGCACAUCCCUCCUCUCCGCCGCCGUCGAAAUCGCCGCAGACCUCAACACCACGCCCGAAGUCAUCAACCUGUCCACCGGCGGAUUGAUGCUCGCCAUGGGGUGCAGCAGCUUCGUGUGGAGUCCGCUGAGCAGUAUCUUCGGGCGGCAGCUGGCGUAUAGGAGUUGCAUGGCGGUGCUGAUGGCGUUCCUGGUGGGCGCGGCGACGGCGAGGAGUACAGUGGCUUUCGUGGUGUUGAGGGUGCUGGGCGGGUUCCAGGGGACGUUCUUUCAUGUCGCGGGUCAGACGAUUAUUGCGGAGUAUUUUCCUCCGACGCAGCGGGGUAUGGCGACGGGAUUCUUCAUGGCGGGCACGGUUUUGGGUCCUCCGUUGGGACCCUGCGUGGCGGCGAUAAUGAUCGAAUUCGCAAACUGGCGCAGCAUCAUCUGGCUCCAGGUCGCCAUGUGCGGUCUCGGGCUCCUCCUAUCCUUCUUCUUCAUCCCGCCUAGCAGACUCGAUCGAGGCAUGUUCAAGAUGAACAUGACGGGCAGGACCGCACUCGCGCAGUUCAAUCCGCUUCCUGUGUUCAAGACGAUGGUGUAUCCCAACGUCUUCUUCGCCCAACUAAGCUGCGGCCUCCUCAGCUGGUCCCAAUCCAGCAUCCUCGCAACCCCCCGCGAAGUCCUCACCUCCAAAUUCAACAUCACCUCGCCGCUAAUCGCGGGGCUCUUCUACUUCGCACCCGCGUCCGGCUUCCUCUUCGGCGCCAUCGUCGGCGGCCGCUACUCCGACAUGACGGUGCGGAAGUGGAUCGCCAUCCGCGGCGGGCUGCGGCUGCCGCAGGACCGCCUCAAGAGCGGCAUGUUCGGCUUCUUCUUCCUCAUCCCCGUCGCGACGUUGAUAUACGGGUGGGGGUUGGAGAAGUGCCAUGCGUGUACGAGGGAGAGGGCGGGACUGGCGUUGCCGAUUGUGACGGUUUGGUUUGCGGGCGUGGGGAUCAUGCAGGUUUUUUCGAGCUUGAAUACGUAUUGUGCUGAGGCGAUACCGAAGAGGAGGCGUGAGGUUAUGGUGGGGAAGUAUCUCCUUCAGUAUAUUGCCGGUGCAUGCGCGACGUCGGGUGCUGUUCCGCUCAUGGAGGCGGUGGGAGUAGGCUGGUCUUCGACUAUCGCUGUUGUUCUCGCCCUCGUCGCUGGAAGUUUGACUCUCUGCGGCGCAAUGUAUGGGCUAACGAUGCAGACAUGGGUAGAGGAACGUAUCCAUGGCAAGAAGGACGUUGAGAAGACGAAGUCAAUUCACUGGCCCACGUCAACGCGGUGGUUUGUCACACAUGCAGAAGUGUGAGGAGACAAAAAAUGACAUCUUUCCUAUUCUUAUCGUAGAUAGCGUGAGAAUUCUCACCUAGACAGCCCAGCCAUCAUCCCACAGCUCCGGCCAGUCAGACAUCUGCGUGCCAUCCAGAGUCGACGGCUCGAACAGCGGCAGAUUGAGAUCCGGGGCGGCGAGGAACUCCUGCAGCGACGGCGCGGCAAGCGCCAUCCCAGCUGUCAUGGUCAUCGUGCUGUUUUCCGAAGACACCUCGUUUCUCACGCCCACCUGCGGCGCUACACUGGGCGUGGGAAGAGGCUCGGCUGAUGAGCCGAAUGGGUAGCUUUGAGC